GCGCACUGCAGCAGACACCGCAGCCCCGAUUGGCGGGCAGCGCAGAUCUCGGCACUGCGUACAAUUCAGCACACAAACCCUACCCUACCCCAACCCCACCCCUGCCCUCGUCUUGCCGCGUUUGUCGACCUCCCUCCGCCCGCUCCUUCCUCCUUCCUGAUCCUGCUCGCCGCUUCCCAAGUAAGCUACUCCCGUCUUCCCCGCGCUCUGAACCCUUCCCCGCCAGCCCUCUGCCCAAUCCAGUCCCUGCCCAGGCAUAGCUACCUCCUCAAAUGUCAGACGAACAGCAUCAGCAGCAGCAGCAGCAGCAACAGCAGCAGCAGCAGCAGCAUGUCGACCUCAAGCCCCAGCGCGACGACGACGACGACGACGACGACGACGAGACCUCCAAGCCCGGACGCGAGCGGCGCAAGAUCGAAAUCAAGUUCAUCGACGACAAGUCGCGAAGACACAUCACUUUCUCCAAGCGCAAGGCCGGUAUCAUGAAGAAGGCCUACGAGCUCUCUGUCCUCACCGGCACCCAGGUCCUUCUUCUCGUCGUCUCCGAAACCGGUCUCGUCUACACCUUCACCACCCCCAAGCUGCAACCUCUCGUCACCAAGGCCGAGGGCAAGAACCUUAUACAAGCUUGCCUCAACGCCCCAGAAGAGCCCGUUGCCCCGCCUCCUCCUCAGCAGGUUCCCCAGCAGCCUCCCAUGGUUGAUGACCUGCCCCAGGACGACCACUCUCUCGUUGCCGCCGCUAACGCCCAGCAGCGUGCCGUCGCCGCCGCCGUUGCCCAGCAUCAGCAGCAGCGCUCUGUCCAGGCUCAAGCCAUGAACAUGCGACCAGGCAUGUAUCCCUACCCCGUCCAGGGUCUCCAGGACAGAGACAAGGAGUUUUAAACAUACCUCCAAAAAAAGGAAACAUCUGAAAUGCUUUCUCGUAUUUGUUUUUAUUUUGGGAUAAGGUCUGGGUCGCUUCUCCUUUUAUUUUAUUUAUCUUUGACUUUCGAGUAUAUUGCUGUUUGUAUCUCUCCUGUAAUGUCGAUAUUUUGACA